AAAACAUCUAAUCUACUUUCCUCAUGGAACUCCACGCCUUCUCCUUCCCAACACUGUUCACGUUCUUGCUCUUUACUUUCAUGGUAGUCAAACUAUGGAAGAGAUCCAAAACCAACCACUCAAAUUUAAAUCUACCCCCAGGGCCAUGGAAGCUACCUAUUGUAGGGAACAUGCACCAGUUUGUUGGCUCUCUACCCCAUCGUGCAUUGAGAGACAUGGCAAUGAAACAUGGCCCCCUUAUGCACCUUCAACUUGGAGAAGUUUCUACCGUUGUGGUUUCAUCACCAGAGUUUGCCGAACAGGUGAUGAAAACUCACGAUAUUAACUUUGCAUCAAGGCCCAGUAUUAUAGGUAAAAACAUCAUGUCUUAUGAUUCUACGGACAUAAUCUUUGCACCGUAUGGCAAUUACUGGAAACAACUACGAAAAAUUUGCUCGCUGGAGCUUUUAAGUCCAAAGCGUGUUGAAUCUUUCCAACCAAUUAGAGAAGAAGAACUAUCAACUCUCAUUCGUUGGAUUGCUUCAAAGGAAGGGUCUACUAUCAAUCUUACAGAGAAAAUGUUCUCAACAACAUAUGGCAUCACUUCAAGGGCUGCCUUUGGUAAGAAAUUCAAAGACCAAGAAAAGUUCAUAUGCGUUGUGAAGCAAGCGAUAGAGUUGGGUGCAGGUUUCAAUGUAGCAGAUUUUUUUUCAUCUGUUAAACUGCUCCAUCUGGUCAGUGGGGUAAGGACUAAACUUGAGAGGAUGCAUGAAGAAGCCGACAGGAUUAUGGAAAAUACUAUCAAUGAACAUGUGGAGGUCAAGGCAACAAGAAAAGCAGAUGAUGAUGCAAGAGAAGAAGAUCUCAUAGAUGUUCUCUUAAAAUUUCAGGACCGUGGUGGUGACAAUGAGUUUUCCUUAACUAACAACAACAUCAAAAGUGUCAUCCUGGAUAUAUUCGGUGCUGGGAGUGAGACAUCAGCCACAAUCGUAGAUUGGGCAAUGUCAGAAAUGAUGAAAAACCAAAGAGUGAUGAAAAAGGCACAAGCUGAGGUGAGAGAAGUCAUUAAUAGAAAAGGGAGGGUUGAUGAGACAUGUAUUAAUGAGAUGAAAUAUUUAAAGUUAAUUGUUAAAGAGACUCUGAGAUUACAUGCUCCUGUUCCUCUCUUGCUUCCUAGGGAAUGUAGAGAGAGAUGUAGACUUAAUGGGUAUGAAAUACCUGUUAAAGCUAAAGUCAUUGUUAACGCAUGGGCUAUUGGAAGAGAUCCCAAACAUUGGAAUGAUCCUGAGAGGUUUAAUCCAGAGAGGUUCCUUGAUAACUCUAUUGACUAUAAGGGAACUAAUUUCAGUUAUAUCCCAUUUGGAGCUGGAAGGAGGAUAUGUCCAGGCAUAUCAUUUGGAAUGAUCAAUGUUGAGCUUCCACUUGCACUAUUUCUGUACCAUUUUGAUUGGAAACUUCCUAAUGGAAUGAAGAAUGAAGACUUGGACAUGAAUGAGGUCUUUGGCGUCACAAUAAGAAGAAAAUAUGAUCUACAGUUGAUUCCCAUUGCUUAUCAUCCCUUGCCAGUUGAAUAAGCUCACACGUGAAUACUUUUGAUUUCUUUUAUGAAAGAAUGAUGCUUACAUCAGUUGGAAUAAGAAUUUGUAUGCUUAUUAGGAUAAGAAUAACAGUGUUGUAUUUUCAUCUAAAUGCAAUAACUAAUAUAAAGGGAAUUUUAGGCAAUAGUUA